GCUGAAAAAAUUCGCCACUGCGAAAUUCGUGGUGAUUGCAUUAUCGUUUUCAGUUGUGGCAUUCGGUAUGGCAACGUUUAUCAUGUUAGCAGUAGACCUCGCGACUGACAGGGGAGUCGAGCCUUCUAAGGCAGUGUUCCUUCUGAACGUUUUCGCUGCCGCCGAUAUUUGCAUGAGGCCAACCAGUGGCCUUCUUGUUGACUUCAAGAUAUUGUCCCUGGAAGCCGUGAUGUUUCUGGGCUUCCUUCUUCAAUUCGUCGCCUGCGAGCUCCUUGCCAUUCUCAAAGCAUUUCCACUCAUGCUGGCGUCUGGGGCAAUAUAUGGCGUCAGUAACGGGUGCAGGUUCACACUCCUAGCGCCGUGCCUUGUGAAGGACUUUGGAGUGGAGGCACUGCCAAUUAUGAUGGGCGUAGUGACCUUCUGCAAUGGACUCGCGCUCCUCACAAGGCCCCUUCUAGUGGGUACGUGUGCGCUUUUCUUUAAAAUUGUGACACUUCAAGCGAUUGAUUGCGACGAUCCCGAGUACACUGAAAAACCGCCUGGCAAAGCACGCGAAACAGAGUUCACAGAGCUGCCCUUCGUGCAGAACGGCAGCUCCUGCCUCAACGGCCUCCCAUCGCUAGAAUCGAACAGCACAUCAGCAAACAAGAACAAU